AUGUCGCUCAGACUCUUCUCACUCGCUCUUGUCGCAACCGCAACUGCUUUCCCAUCUCAACCGCUAGGCAAAGCGACGAGUGAUGAUGCCUGCAACCUAUGUCAACCAGAAGGCGCCACUGGCACCAACCCACCGGCCGUCGGCUCGGAUCUCAGCUCGCUCUACAAUGAAGUCCUCGCAUCUGUCCAGGGUAUCAGCUUCCGCAAACGAUCCACAGAAUCCCUUCAGGUUCGCCAAACAGAGGGAUUUUGUUGCCGACAAACUCUGGACUGCGUGAACGUGCAGAGUGUCAACAUUCCCAUGUGCUACGACAAAUUCACUACAAACUUUGCCUUCUCUGAUGGCUCGUACGGAUCCCUGACAACAGGAGACUACACAUCCAGUGGUUCCAGCGCGAACCUGCUCAGUGGAGAGUACACCUCUUCCAGCGGAGAGAAGGGCAACAUCUACGCGAACGCCCCACAAGCAAAGCCUAACACCGCGACCAUGUCGAAACCUCCGCAAUUUACGGGUACAGGUGUUGGAGGAGCCCUCCCAGCAUCCGAGCUUGGUUCUGUCAUCAUAUAUACAACCACUAUCCCAGCUGUGACUCUCACGGCCGCCGCGAUACGGGCAGGAACAACUGUCACAGAAGCGACUACGAUUCCAGCUCAAACAAGUGUGGUGACGAGCACAAUCGGAGCAACUGCAGCAAACACCGAGGCAACUGCAGCGAACACCGAGGCCGCUGCGACGAGCGCUCAGGUCUCUGCAUCGAGUUCCGGGACACCUGUGACCACCACUGUGGCAGCCGCAUCGAGUUCUGCGGCAGCUGAGCGGUCGGUGGUCGAUUCGAGGCAGAUGCUUGGAAUGCCGCUUUUGAGUGUAUUGAUGUAUGCUCUCUACGCGUUGUGA